GCGUCCUGCUGCCGCUCAAAAGGUCGAUUUUACCCCUGGGUUUAGUUUAUAUUAUUUCUUUGCUGAACGUAAAUUAGGCCGCUUUAGAGUCCUUUUAGGUAAAGAGUGUUCCCCUUUUGCAAUUCUAGGUUCUCCAAUUUCUUGUUUGUGCUUAUGAAAUUAUAGAGUUUUGUUGUUUCUAUGGUGGUCCGAAAAUCAGCGGGAACUUGUUAGCUUUCAGAUGCCCAGUUUUCCUUGAUUGCUCUUUCUUAGUUUCUCUCAAGCGUUACCCAUUGUCUCUGCUACACGGCAACACAUUAACUUGGGAACAAGAAAUACUUACUUUGCAGUGUUUGUUAUUGGCCAACACCAACUAGUUUGGGAUUAAAUCAUAGCAGAGGUGGAUCUUGGAUUUGAAAUUUAUGGGUUCGGGAUUCUAGGACAGCGACCUUAAGUGCUAGUGACUGAGUUCUGAAUUUAAUACUCGUGCAUAUUUAGUUGAUUUCUUAACAAUAUACAGGAUCUGAGCCAAGCUACUGGGGUCGGUCGAACCCGUAUGUUACACUCUGCGUCUGCCCUUGAGUGAUAGUAGUAGUAGUAGUUGUUGUUGUUGUUGUUGUUGUGUCUUGUGUGAUACUGAUACUAGUCUCAUGAAGUUCUAUGCUAGAAAACUGCCCUUUAGAUACAUAUCUGUUUUUCUCCCAUUUGGGGUUUGUAACAUUUCUAAUGUACCAUGUAAAAGUUGCUUUAGCUACUUUUCCACCUUGUCUAGUGUGUUUUGUUCCGUAAGUCCCCAGUUUGCUGGCAAUAGAAUUCCAGGUGAGCAACAGAAAUGCAUGAUCUUGGGAAGAGAUUCUGAUGUUAAUGUUGUACUUGCUAGAAUAAGUCCUGGAAGCAGUGAGGCUGAGGUUCUCCAGUCAUUGCUUUCUGAUCCGGAUUGUGAUUCCAUACAUAUCACUGAUAACUUUGUUGAUAGGAUGCUUUAUCGCUUCAAAGAUGACUGGAAGUCUGCACUUGGUGCUUUUAGAUGGGCACAAUCACGUGCUGGCUACAAUCCCUCACCAGAAUUGUACGAUAAGUUGGUAGAUAUACUGGGAAAGAUGAAGAAAAUGGAAAAGAUGCACUCAUUGAUAGAUGAAAUGCAUGCAAACCAUCUUGUUUCUCUCAACACAAUAGCAAAAGUUAUGAGAAGGUUUGCAGGUGCAGGAGAGUGGAAAGAAGCAGUGAGGACAUUUGACGAGUUGGGAAAAUUCGGUUUGGAGAAGAAUACAGAAUCAAUGAAUCUGUUACUAGACACUUUGUGCAAAGAAAAUAAAGUCCAACAGGCACGUGAAAUUUUUUCCGAGCUCAAGUCGCAUAUACCACCAAAUGCAAACACGUUUAACAUUUUUAUUCAUGGUUGGUGCAAAGUUAAUCGGGUAGAAGAAGCGUACUGGACAAUUCAGGAGAUGAAAGGCAAUGGUUGUUCUCCUUGCGUCAUCAGCUACUCAACAAUCAUCAUGUCCUACUGCCAGCAAUUUAACUUCCAGAGGGUCUAUGAGCUGCUUGAUGAAAUGCAAGGACUGGGAUGUGUACCAAAUGUUGUCACUUUCACCACCAUCAUGUGUUUCUUGACAAAAUCAGGGGCAUUUGAGGAAGCCCUUAAGAUUGCUGAGAGGAUGAAAUCAGUUGGUUGUAAACCUGAUACACUUUUCUACAACGCUCUGAUUCAUACAUUAGGCAGGGCGCACCGAUUACAAGAAGCUACUCGUGUCUUGAAGGUUGAAAUGCCCGGAAAUGGUGUUCAACCUAAUACAUCGACGUAUAAUACUAUCAUUGCCAUGUUUUGCCAUCAUUCCCAAGAGGAAAGAGCGCUAGAAUUUUUAAGGGACCUGGAAAGUUCACCAUAUUGUAAACCUGAUGUUCAGUCAUACUUUCCACUGCUCAAGUUGUGCUUUAAAGUUGGGAAGACAGAUGAUUUCCUGAAUAAGUUGGUGAAUGACAUGGUUAAUAAGCAUCAUCUAAGUCUUGAUCUAUCAAGUUAUACACUUCUUAUCCAUGGUUUGUGCAGAGCAAAUAAAUGUGAAUGGGCCUAUCUUGUUUUUGAGGAUAUGAUCCGCCAAGAGAUUACUCCUCGAUACAAGACAUGCAGUGUGCUACUGCAGGAAAUCAAACAGAAGAAUAUGCAUGAUGCUGCCGAUAGGAUUGAAUUGUUCAUGAAGAAAAUGAAGACCUCCUGAAUAGUUCCUGGAAACUAAUUUGAUGUUUCGUUUAUCAAGUAACAAGUUUCCCUUCAUAAGUGCCUGCUUUUAAUAGAUUGUUGAAUUUGAAAUGUAGAUUUCUUGUUUGGCAUAACACUGAAAUCUGGGAAUAGCGCUGCAGCUGUUCUCUCUGGUUUGGUAUGAAGCUUGUACCUUGAUCACAUUAUCUUACUAUUUCUUACGUCUGGCUGCUUAAUUAAGCCAGAGUAGUAUCAUGUUGCUUGGCUGCUGAAUACACGGAGAUGAUUAUCUUUCGGUUCACAAGGCUAGUCCUGGAGCAACUCUUAGUAGUCCUCACUGAUGCUUUAAAAGAUUACAAAGCUCCAUUCCAGGUUCUAGUUUGUUGCUCAUGAUCCAAGGUUUUUUCCCCUUAAUUUAAGAUUUUUGGAAUUCCAAAUUGAUGCUUGGCAGAUUAACCUUUUUACAGAUGAUGGGGCAUUGGUGAAUUGUCCAUGGUCCUCCUACGCUUGAGUUGCACUCACUUGCACUAAAAUUAUUUUGCUGGCCUUUGCUCUUCUUCAUGCUGCAAAAAGAACGGGAAUACUUACUAUACGCAUUCCUGAGAAGGAUAAAUUGGCUUCCAAUCUGUGCUAAAGAUAUGGUAUCUGUGCACAAAAUAUUUGGAUGAUGAUCUUGGAAUUCUUGAAAUUGCAAACCUUUUUUUGGGAUAAUGGUGGUUUUCGGGCCAUCUUGGUGGCACCUUGCCUAUUCCAUCGAGCUUUGUUACCUCCAACCAGCACAAGGCAGAUGGACAGAAUUACCUAGCAUAUUCGUCUCUCUUGAGAUUUGGACCUUAGUCUACCAUGAUUUUUCAUCCACUUCAUUUACCGCUCGGUCAUACCAAUGGUGCCAGACCUAGAAGAAGUGAAUUAUACUACUAAUGAUGAAGGGCUUUGUGUAAAUGAUGUACAAUGCUGUAGUUGAAGCUAAUUUUAAGAGUUACUUUCUUAUUGAUGGAUAACAUAGAGAAAUGAACGUCUUUUUCCGUCCAAUAUUUUGUCGGUGACUUCUAAAUGGAUGCCUUUUCAGCCC